AUGUCCCGGCGCAAGCAAGCCAAGCCGCAGCACCUCAAGUCAGAGGAGGAUGCGCCAAUGACCGGGAUCAUUUCUCAACACGGAACUCGAGGUGAUGCGCUGGAUGAUGCUGACAGCGGAAAUGAGAGCCGCAGUGGCAGUGAAGAGACUCAUGUGUGUGAAAAGUGUUGUGCUGAGUUCUUCAAGUGGGCAGAUUUCUGUGAACAUUUAACAAGCUGCACCAAGAACCCACUAGUGCUUAUUGUAAAUGAUAAUGAGGAAACACCUAUUCCCUCACAGGACUACCCAGAACCAUCCCCUGUGCCCAGUUGCUCGAGUGAGCAAGCUGACAGUUAUGAUGCGAGGGACGGAAUCCACACGCCUGCUAGUGAGGGCGAUGAUGUUCCAGAGAUAACAGGCUCAAAUGGGGUCAGGAUCCUUGAAAAGGAGGAUGAAGAGAUGGAGGUGGACCUCUCCUCUGAAAAAAACAUGGAUCUUGAGGAAAGAGAUAUGGCAUCACCAGAAGCAGAUGGCUCUCUACCUCAGCCUGAUGAUGUUAGCCCUCCAAGUGUUACGAGCUAUACUUUGCCAAGCACUAAUGUUACCUUGGAAACUCUGCAUGGCACCCGGGUGGCAGUUGCCCAAUUCUCUCAGAGCAUAAGGGCAGCAGCAGGUAGUGGAGUUUCGACCAUGGCAAUUCCAGUAAUCUUGGACCAGCUGAUGGCCCUUCAGCAGCAGCAAAUACACCAGCUGCAGUUGAUAGAACAAAUACGCAGUCAAGUGGCUCUCAUGAACAAACAGUCUGCAUCACAGCCUGCACUUAACCACCACAACACAGUGACUGGAAAUUCUGGGCCAGUUUCCACUUGUGCUCCCUCAGUUGCAAGUCAACUUCAGCUCCACAACUUUAUCACUCCUCCUGUCCAUCAGCUGCCUGUUAGGUUGCCAGCCUCUCUCAACAGCCAAGGUUCUUCACCACUGACCUCUGCUAUAGAAGGGCCUCACUCCCAAACAUCAAGCAGAAGUCAGCAAUCUGGCUCGGCAGUGUCCAAUACGUCCUCCAGUAGUCCAAUGUUCCCGCCACCCAGUGCCUCUGGCUUGUCAGCUCUACUUCCCUCCUGCUCAUCAUCAGUCACUAACAUAAGUAUGAGCAAUAGCGUGACAGGAAACUGUGGAAUCAGUAGCAGUACUGCUCAUCCACGGAACUCGAGCUCUCCGCCAUCACUCAGUCACAACAACCUCCUAAGCUCAGCUUCAAAUCUGCCGCUGAUACCUCACAGCUCAUCGAACAGCGUUAUCUUCCCAAACCCACUAGCCAGCAUAGCAGCAACAGCCAAUGCACUCGACCCCCUAUCUGCUCUGAUGAAACAUCGCAAAGGGAAACCCCCAAAUGUGUCUGUUUUUGACACAAAGCCAAGUUCCGAAGACCCGUUUUUCAAGCACAAGUGUCGUUUCUGUGCCAAGGUAUUUGGCAGUGACAGUGCACUACAAAUCCACCUGCGUUCCCACACUGGAGAGAGGCCCUACAAAUGCAACAUAUGUGGUAACCGAUUCUCUACCAAGGGAAAUCUGAAAGUCCAUUUCCAGAGGCAUAAGGAAAAGUACCCCCAUAUUCAAAUGAACCCCUACCCAGUUCCUGAGUACCUAGACAAUGUCCCUACGAGCUCAGGCAUUCCAUAUGGUAUGUCUUUGCCACCAGAAAAACCCGUUACCACAUGGCUUGACAGUAAACCUGUCCUCCCUACUGUUCCCACAUCAGUUGGGCUACAACUACCUCCCAGCUUACCAAGUAUCAUGGGCGGGUUUGGUGAUUCUGCAAGCCUCACUCCACUAAAUAGGUCCCCUCAAAGACCAUCACCCCCUUCAAGUGAAUGUGAAUCUUUGUCUCCUAAUAUUGUUAAUGACUCUGGAAUUACCACUACUUCAACUUCUCCAAAACCCACACAAGGGAGUGAGGUACCACCUCUCCUUAAGCCUGAAGGCAUUCUCCUGCCCCCAACCUGCCUUACUCGGCCAGGAGAAAACACCACCACUACCACAACAACAGUAUCACAAGUAGUUCUCUCUACUGCCGUCACCUCCACAACAGUGUCAAAUAGCUCCCAGGUUAUGGAAUCCAACAAGAUUCCAAACUCUUCUUCAAACCCAGUGUCACAUCCUGUCCUCCCCAUGCUUUCAGAUCAAUUCAAAGCUAAAUUUCCCUUUGGAGGUCUCCUAGACUCUAUGCAAACCUCAGAGACAUCUAAGUUGCAACAGCUUGUUGAAAAUAUUGACAAGAAAAUGACCGAUCCCAACCAGUGUGUCAUUUGCCACCGUGUUCUGAGCUGUCAGAGUGCUCUCAAGAUGCACUACCGAAUCCACACUGGAGAACGGCCCUUUAAAUGCAAGAUAUGUGGACGUGCAUUCACCACCAAGGGAAAUCUGAAAACACAUUUUGGUGUUCAUCGGUCCAAACCCCCACUACGAGUCCAGCAUUCAUGUCCUAUAUGUCAAAAAAAGUUUACCAAUGCUGUUGUUCUGCAACAGCAUAUUCGCAUGCACAUGGGAGGCCAGAUCCCAAACACUCCAGUUACUGAGAACCUUCAGGAAAUGGACACAGACCUAUCUUUUGAUGAAAAGAGUAUUGAUGCAAUGAGCAAUUAUGAUGACGAUCUUCUGGAUGAAAUGGAGCAGGCUAUAGAUGAUGAAGUUGACUUAAAAGAUGGUGAAAUUGACCCAUUAAAACCUUAUUCACCGGGAAACUCUCCACCAACGUCUAUAAUGUCUAGCAUUGCUGCUAUGGAGAACCAGAUGAAGAUGAUUGACUCCACUGCAAAAAUAACCAGUUCAUUUGUCCAAAAGCCAAGUCAAAAUUUCUCCAGCUAUGGAAGCGAGAAUGACUGUUUUCCUACUGAUUCCUUGUCUGCAGCUGGGGAUGCAGACACUCAAAGCUUGGGGAGCCCUGCUCUGUCUGAGUCCUCUGAUUCUUUCCAACAUUUGUCCCCAGCUCAUAGCCACUGUGAAAACCAGCGAUCCAAGUCCCCAUCUAUUCUCAACAAUCACAACAGUGUCAUGGCAGUAGAUGAGAACCAAGAAAACAAUGAAGCUGGCUUGGCAACAGUGAAGUCAGAAAAAUCUGAAACCCCGUCUCCACUUCCUGCAACAGAAGGCAAUGGGGCCCUGGACCUGACCGCUAUUCAAUCAAGCAGACACUUUAUCAAGGAGGAGAGCCACUUCAGUAUGCUGUUUCUUAAUAGAGAUCGAGGUCUUAACACUCAAAACCUGGCUAGCACCGCAUCAAAUAUGAUCAAAAUGGAAAUGAAUGGACACAACAAGGCAAUGUCUUUGAGCGACAAUUCCCUCCUGCCUGUGGGCAUCCAGGUUCCUGCUGCAGCUCCCCAGACCACUCUAAGCCCUAGCACUAACCCUAUGUUAGCUCCUCCACCCCCAAGACGCACCCCAAAGCAGCACAACUGCCACUCAUGUGGAAAGAAUUUCUCUUCUGCCAGUGCGCUUCAAAUCCACGAGCGCACACACACUGGAGAAAAACCUUUUGCUUGCUCCAUAUGUGGACGGGCCUUCACCACUAAAGGCAAUCUAAAGGUCCACAUGGGCACACACAUGUGGAACAAUGCACCAGCACGCAGGGGGCGGCGACUGUCUGUGGAAAAUCCCAUGGCCCUACUGGGCGGGGAUGCAAUGAAGUUUAGUGAAAUGUUCCAAAAGGACCUGGCAGCUCGGGCCAUGAAUGUUGACCCCGGUUUUUGGAACCAGUAUGCAGCUGCUAUCACCAAUGGCUUAGCCAUCAAAAACAAUGAGAUCUCAGUGAUCCAAAAUGGAGGCAUCACCCCAUUACCUGUCAGCCUCGGUGGUGCAGGAAUAACGUCACUGCGAGCAAUGCCUGGUGCAAUGGACCGUCUGCACACAGGCAGCAACUCUCCUAUGCCUGGAAUUGAGAAAGCUACACUUGAAGUUGGGGCAAAUCGCCCAUUCUCGAGGUAUAUUGAAGAAAAUAAAGAGAUUGGGAUAAAUUAA